AGACGCCAUAUUUGCGGCGUCUGCCAGUUUACAACGUUUAUAGAUUUCGUGCCAAUUUAUUGUGUUCAUCAUGGCGUCUACGGAAUCUCUUGUCUGCGAUACUCUGGAUCUGAGUGGACAGGGAUUAAAAAAAUUGAGCAGAUGUCCAUCGGAUGCAGAUAUCAAUACCUUAAUUGUUGACGAUAAUGAAAUACAGCGUUUGGAUAAUCUUGACUCGUACAACAAAAUUACCAAGCUAUCGAUCGUACGGAACCAGUUGUUACGAAUGUAUGGAGUUUCCAAGCUACAUAAUCUUGUGACACUAAAUCUGGCAAAUAAUGGCAUUCUCACCAUAGAGGGCAUCAAGGAUAUGAGCAAUUUACAAACCCUUUGCCUCGCUGGUAAUAAUAUAAAGUCCAUCGAACAUUUACAUACAAACACAAAAUUGGAGCAUCUGGAUUUGUCAGAGAACAGUAUUAGUCAUCUAUCGGACAUCUCGUAUCUACGUUGUUUGAAGGAAUUAUUUUUGCACAAUAAUCGUAUAGUAACGUUGAGACAGUGCGAACGUUACUUACCUGGAUGUUUAGAAACUUUGACAUUGGCUAACAAUAAUGUAACGGAUUUGAAUGAGAUGUCGCACUUGGCUAAUUUAACAAAUUUAGUCAAUUUUUCAAUUGCUAACAACCCUUGUGUCAGUAUGACAGGUAACAGUAUUGGAUUCGACUAUCGUCCAUUUGUUAUCAAUUGGUGUAUGAGCUUGAAAUCAAUCGAUGGUUACGCUGUGGAUCCAAUUGAGAGCCUGAAAGCUGAGUGGCUUUAUUCGCAGGGGCGUGGCAGGCAGUUUCGGGUUGGUGAGCAUACACUACUCGCACAUUACCUUGCUUCAGUCUGUCCUCUAUCGGGUGAGUCCCUUGAAAAUGAAGCAGACCGUAAACUACGAUUGAUUCUAAGCAAAGCUCAGCAUCAUCAGCAACAGUUAAACCAACAAAGCGAUUCCGGUAGUGUGCACAGUUUGAGUAGCGUUGGUAUGAGUCCAUCACCAGCAGCUAGGCGCAGACUGAACACAAACAGGACAAGCUCUCCGAGGCGACCUGUUGCACCCAUGUUGUCAUAUUAUGAAGAAAAGAACAUACAGUCACCAAAAUAUUAUGAUGCAAAAUUUUGUGCCUGCUAUUCACCUUGCAAAGGCUCGUCACGAAAAUCUAUGAGAAUAAGAUCGCCAGAUCAAAUAUUAGCUGGUUGUCACCCUGAUACUAUGGUAUCAUCUUGCCAUGCUCCUAAUUCUACGUCUAACAGUGGUCACACGCUUCUCGGAGGAGACGAUGUACUAAUGACGCAAAGUCUAGACCCUAGUUUGCUUAGCAGUAACCUGAGCCACAAAAUGACACAUAACGACGAACCAUCAUUGCAAGUCGAGGAAACUUCCAGUCCUUUGCAAGCAGCGACAAAAUUGUUACCGGUACCAGAAUCCUUGAUGAGCCCAGAUUUCAGACCUCCGUCAGGUCUCUCACGUAUUUUAUCAAAAACGCCGCCUAGCAAAUUGAAUUCUCCGAUUCAAACAACAAUACCUACGAAACCCUGUCCGGACAAUGCAGGAAAAGCUGUAUCCACUGCUUUUACACCUAAUCCAAUAGCCAAAACAAAUGUGGGAGUCCUUAAAACUAAUGCCUUGAUAAAGAGUAACUCUGCGACAAACUGCAACAUUGGGAGAUCUAACAUUUCAAAACCUGUUAUUACUAAUGCCAAUGGAAAAUGUCCACACAGUGUUAAAAUAAAUAAUUAUGUUCAGAGUAAAACAUUGCCGGUCAAAAGGAAUAAUAAAAGCUCACCAAAUUUAGGCCGAAGUAUUAAUAGACCAAAAAGCGCUACGGAAAGGGGGAGACCUAAUUUAGGUAGGCGAAAUAAAGACGGCGAUGGUGAUAACAACAUAACUAUGAGUAGCGACGAAGACAGCGAAGUCUGUCAGGCAAAGCUGGAUGGAAUUCGACACCGAGCAAAUCAACGACGUCAAGAGGACACCAAUAAGGAAGAUCAAACAGAGAAAGCAGCUAUUUGCAUACAAAGACUGUGGCGAGGGUACCGUACCCGAAAUCUGAAUAAAAAAGCAACUAAUAUAUUAAAAAAUAUUGAAAUGAUGAGAACAAACAAAUACAUCCAAAAAUUAUCGACUGACAUGGAGGCAACGAGAACAGCCCUGGAAAGCGAGCAUAAGUUGCAAUUAUUACAGAUGCAAGCUAUAAAUGCACUUUGGAAAAAAAUUGUGAGUCUUCAGCCAGGAUCGAAUAAUGGUGGAGAUGGCGAAGGAACGUCACAUGCUAACUCAGUUGUGGUUAAUAACCUUGCUCAAACAUGUACUCUGCUGCACUCGCAAGUACAACAAUUACAAGAUUCUAUGUCAGAAAUAAAACGCUGUAUGUCUAACAUGCAGCCAAAACCAACAACGAUGGACAACGGUGUUGCAACGCAAACUGAAAUAUCAGCUGUUCACACUCCAGCUGGCGAAGCUAAUACGUUUCCAUAUGCGCGUGCGAGCAGGCCUCAAUCAUUGUCAAUUCAUCAGACUAUUCACGAAGGAAAUGAAAAUAAAAGUUUCGCAUCAAAUUUGGUAGAUAGUGUUUUGAAAAAAGUUUCGCAAUCGACGGAUACAACAGACGAUGAAAUAAACACAGACAUUUUAAAUUCUAACGAAAAUCCGGAAUUGAUAAAUUCUAAUGAAAAUCCUGAUGUGUUUAAAAGCUGCGAAGAGAUUAUGGAAAGUGAAUAUAAAGAUGUAGAUGGAGAAGUUGAGAUCGAAUAUAAGGACGUCAUCGAGGACGCAGCUAUGGAUGGAGAGGUUUGCGAAGAAACUCUUUGCAAGGAAUUACACAGUUUAAUUAAAACUGAAACUAGAAGAGAAAGCGACGCCGAUAGUGAAAAGGAAAAAGACUCCGAAGAGCAUGAUGCCAACUUGAAUCACAAUAAUGAGUAAGUUAUAAUGCAUGUGCCGAUAGCACAAUUUAUAACUUACCACCUGGGAGGUAUUAUAUGAAAUGAGAGUCUUGAGAAUAUAACUAAUUAACAGCUUAAGAUGGUACAAAUUUUAACGACAAUUUGUGCCAAAUACAAAACAGAGAAAGAGCACAAUAGUAUUACAAUAUAAUCUCAAAGAAUGCAUUUUAUAGGAUGAAUUCAAACUAUUUCAGUAUAAUGUCAGAAAUCACCAGAGCGGUGAACGACAAAGAAAGGCAGCUAUCUGUUUGCAGAAUAAUUAACGGAAAAAAAUGCCUAUAUUUUAUGCUCGUACGGAAUAAUGCUCACUUGUUUGUAAUAAGUAGGUAUAUCUAUACAUACCAAAGGUAACUUUACCAAAGAGAAAAUGAUAUUAAUGUAAUCCAGAUUUAAAAUAUAAGAAAAUUGGUAAUUGAUUCAUUUUUCAAACUUUCACUUAUUGACAUAUGCAAACGUCUUGGACUACAUUUAAUUGUUUACAAAACGAUCGGUUCAUUUAAUGUUAGUUAAUGCACUUAACAUAUAACAUUUAAUUAAUACUUCAUCAUCCUUGUAAAAAUUUGAGAGAACAAUUCAACAUUAUCAUACCGCUUAGGUUCCAAAGUUAAGAACGUUGCCUUGAAUGUGAAUUAAAUUCAGUUACUGUUAUUGGAACCAAUUACCGAUUGUAUACGUUUUUGGACAUUGAAGAUAAUGUAAAUUCAAACUUUGAAAAUCAUCAGUUAACAGUAUCAACUCAUAUAACUUCUCCGCCAUUAUUGUCAAAUCAAAAAUUACUCCGUACUAAGAGGCUUUAGCUAGUGAUACAAAAAACGUGUCAUGUAAAAAUUCAUUCCAUGUAAGUUUUACCGUGUUUCAAAUCUCAGUUUUUGCUGUCAUUAUAAUAAUUAUAUUUUAUUUUCUUGUUACAAAUAAUAUAGAUGCCUAUCAAUACUCAGUAUUUCGUUUAAUAAUGGCUGUUAUAUCGUAACUCCAUCGCGAUAAAUGGGUUUGAAAAUUUUUUUUCAGAUUAUAGAGAAUCACG